CAAAACCACUUCACCACCAUCACCUCUCUCACCAUGAGCUGCUCAGAUGACAGCACCAAGGAGAAGCUCCUCUGGAACGUCAAGAAGGAGGUAAAACAGAUAAUGGAAGAAGCGGUUACCAGGAAGUUUGUGCAUGAAGAUAGCAGUCACAUCAUCGCACUGUGUGGUGUCGUAGAGGCAUGUCUCCUUCACCUUUUAAAGCGGAGGGCGGCCGGCUUCCUCCGCAGUGAUAAAGUUGCUGCAUUGUUUAUGAAAGUUGCGAAGACAUGCACAACAGCUGCAGAUAUAUGUAAGAAAGUGCAAGACCUACAGCAGCAGGGGGAAGGCAGGAAGAACUUUUCCAAUGGUCAAGAAUCUUUAAAGAGACAAGGCUCCACAACAGGAAGGUCCGUAACACUCACCCCACAAGCCCUUAAACACAUUUGGGUGCGCACUGCCCUGAUUGAAAGAGUUCUGGAUAAAGUUGUGCAAUACAUUGUGGAUAACUGCAGCAAAUACUAUGAGAAAGAAGCAUUAAUGUCUGAUGCAGUGUGUGGUCCUAUUUUGGCUGCUCUUUUGGUGGGUCCGUGUGCAUUAGAAUACACAAAGUUAAAGACAGCUGAUCACUACUGGACAGACCCAUCUGCUGAUGAACUUGUUCAGAGACACAGGAUCCAUGGCGCUCACAACCGCCAAGACUCCCCAGGGAAACGGCCGACUCUUGGUUUCAAAAAACGUCAUUCCAGUGGUAGCAUGUCGGAGGAUAAAUUUGCUGCUUCAGCGAGAGAAUAUGUUGAGUCUCUGCAUCAGAACUCCAAAAUACAUCUUCUGUAUGGGAAAAAUAAUGUUUUGGUCCAGCCGAAAGAGGACAUGGAAGCUAUUCCUGGAUAUCUAUCCUUACAUCAGAGUGGUGAGAACCUGACCCUAAAAUGGACACCAAACCAGCUCUUAAAUGGAACUCUAGGUGACUCUGAGCUGGAAAAGAGUGUAUUCUGGGAUUACGCCUUGAUUGUACCCAUAAGUCAGAUAGUCUGUAUCCAUUGUCACCAGCAGCAAAGCAAAGGUAUCCUUGUCCUGGUCAGCCAGGAUGGUAUUCAGAGACCCCCACUGCACUUUCCUCCGGGAGGUCAUCUCCUUGCCUUUCUUUCUUGCCUUGAAAAUGGACUUUUGCCCAGAGGACAGUUAGAGCCACCCCUCUGGUCGCAACGUGGAAAGGGAAAAGUAUUUCCAAAACUGAGAAAAAGGAACAAUUCGAACAGAUCAAUUGACAUGGAUGAAAACAUUGUGGAAGAAUUAAGCACGGACUAUGUCUUCAGGAUCAUCUAUGCAGGACACCGGCAUGAUAAUAUCACUAUUAACUACCACCACUUAGCUGCCAGUCGUUCCGUGUCUCUUGAUGAUGAUGAGGAAGAAGAAGAUAGGCUUCACUUCAUGUUAUCCAUGAUCUCCUCUCGGAACCUCACAGCUCCUAAAACGAUGAAAGAAUCCAGCGAUGUGAUAGAGAUGCAAGGUUUCGGUGCUAAUCUUUUACCCUGGCAGCUUAAUGAAUUCUGCAGCCGGGGAUCUUCCUGUCUCUCCUGCUCCACAGGCAGCUCGCCGUAUGAUAUUCCCACCAGCUGCGGCUGUGUCCAUGACAGAACGCCCCUCAAAUUGUUGUGUGAAAACAUGAAGAGACAGAUUGUCUCCCGAGCUUUCUAUGGAUGGCUGGCCUACUGCCGCCAUCUCUCCACUGUCCGAACUCACCUGUCUGCCCUGGUCCAUCACUCAAUUAUUCCACCUGACAAACCGGUGGAUGCAACAGGAGGUUUGACCAAAGAAGUGUGGAGCAAGUAUCAAAAGGACAUGAAGAACUACAAGGAGCUGGAGUUGCUGAGGUUGGUGUAUUACGGAGGCGUGGAACAUGACAUCCGAAAAGAAGUUUGGCCUUUUCUUCUUGGACAUUACAAAUUUGGAAUGACCAAAAAAGAGAUGGAUCGGGUUGACGAGGCAAUUGCUUCCAGAUACCAGAAGGUCAUGGCGGAAUGGAAAGCCUGUGAGGUGAUAGUGAAACAGAGAGAAAAGGAGUCACACUCUGCUAUAUAUGCUAAGCUCUCCUCUGGCAGUAGCAUUGACAGCCAUGUGCAGCGUUUGAUACACCGGGACUCUACCAUAAGUAACGAUGUCUUCAUGUCCACAGAAGAACUUGAUGUAUCAGAGAGAGACUUGAAAGGACGAAAUGAUAAAUCAUCCACUCUGGCAAAUACUGGUGCUACUGUGGUAGUAGCACCUGCGGAACCACAGCAAUCUGUGGAAUUUGACUCUCCAGAUUCUGGUCUUCCUUCUUCUCGUAAUUACUCGGUGACCUCCGGAAUCCUUUCCAGUAUUGAUGAUGGGCAGAGCAUAUGCUUUGAGGAGGAAGAGUCAAGCACAGAGUCUGAUAGGACUGAAAUGAGUGUUUCCCAUCCACGUAAAAGUAAGGGAAUCCUCAAAAUGCAGGACUCUAUAAGUGAAGAGCAUCUAUGCUCACAGUUAGAAUCCCUAAGUGCUGCAGAUGACAUCUCUUCCAUGUGUCCCACAUCUUAUACGAUAGAAUUAAUGGAUACUAUUGCCUUAAAUUUGCAUCGCAUUGAUAAAGAUGUCCAGAGGUGUGAUCGGAAUUACUGGUAUUUCACAUCUGAUAAUUUAGAAAAGCUCCGUAACAUCAUGUGCAGCUACGUGUGGGAACACCUCGAUGUCGGAUAUGUACAAGGAAUGUGUGACCUUUUGGCACCACUGAUGGUUGUCCUGGAUAAUGAUUUUUUGGCAUACAGUUGCUUCACACAGCUCAUGAAGAGAAUGAGUCAAAACUUUCCAAAUGGAGGUGCAAUGGACACACACUUUGCAAACAUGAGAUCUCUGAUCCAGAUUUUAGAUUCUGAAAUUUUUGAACUCAUGCAUCAGAAUGGAGACUACACACAUUUCUAUUUCUGUUACCGAUGGUUUCUGCUCGAUUUCAAAAGAGAACUUUUGUAUGAAGAUGUAUUUGCAGUGUGGGAAGUUAUCUGGGCUGCUAAACACAUAUCCUCAGCACAUUUUGUACUAUUUAUUGCUCUUGCUCUGGUGGAGGUUUAUCGGGAGAUUGUACGUGACAACAAUAUGGAUUUCACAGAUAUCAUCAAGUUUUUUAAUGAAAUGGCUGAGCAUCAUGAUGCACAAUUAAUUUUGCGGAUAGCACGUGAACUGGUCCAUAAGGUUCAAACUCUGAUAGAAAACAAAUGAGACAUCUUUUCAUUGAGGUGGAAUAUUGGAUCAUCAUAUAGAGGUGCUGAAAAGGCCUUCAACUGUGUCUUGCAGAUGUCCUACUCACCUUGCACUGUAAAUCCAUAAGGACUUUUUCAGGAAUUUUUUCCACCUGAUAUAUUAAAUAUUUUCAAUUUGUAACAUCAAAAAACAGCUCACACAUAUCUUCAAAGUGUACCCGUGUUUGAUAAAUCUUUAAUUUUCUUGUAUAUCUAGCAUAUCCAGGUCUCCGCUUACCACGAAAAAGAUCUUCAUGAAUCUGUGCUAAUGGGUAAGCACUUCUGAACUCUACUCUUUGCUGCUACACUGAGCUCUGAAACUGUGUAACUAAAUUAUCUCCAAAAUGUAAAAGCCUCUACUUUGUUGGCCAAGGAAUUCAUAAAAUCUUCUAAUUGCAGAGUGCAGUUGAGGAGCAAUGACAUAUGUUGCUCUUUUACAAAUUAUCAUAUCAACAUAUUUUUUGUAUUUUUGUUACGCAUGCAGACAUGUCUCUGUAUAAUCCCACUGUGAAGACAAAUGACAGGCUAUGAUAUGAGAUAGAAUGGACAUCCAGAUGCAUCAAGAUGAGUUUGGUCCUAAAAGGUUAGCGUAACUUCCCAAGGCAGUAAACAUUCAGGAGUGUUAAAAUGUAACUUCCCAAAGAACAUAUUAAACCUUAUAUGGCCACUUUAGACCAUAGUGUGAACAAGAAUUUAUGACAGACACAACCAACAUGAAAAUGUUAUUUAUGCUAAGAUGGUGUUCCUACCCUAUGUGAAGUGGUAGAUCUUGCCUAUCACCGGUCUUGGAUCCCACUUCAGACCUAAGACAAGGAAUAUACUUGUAAUUAUUGGUUUUGUUGUCAUAUCAGUAUUCAAGUCACUCAUUAUCAGGUAACGUUGUAUCCAUGGGCGCACAUAUCACUUUUUGGUCUGGUGAAUGUCCACCAGAUGACCCUUAGACCUGUUCUGGGGAUGACAGUGGUGUUCUGUACAUAGAACCAACCAUCAGUCAUUAAAGGCUAUGGUAAAAUGGUUGACUGUAAUCUAUGUUAUUGAAAACUGACAUAUUAAGAUUACUGUGAACCAGCCAAAUGUUAAUUACAUUAAUCAAUAUAUGAGCAUUGGUGUGUGACCUCUAGUUGUUCUUUCCAGUAUCUUGGUGUUUCUGAAGGAUCACAAUAUUUUCUUUCUGUUUGAGGAAACUGCCAUGCUUGCGUGAUGCUAAAACCACCAGAACACAAGGUGGCUGCAUGUUUUUUAAGUGUAGAUGGUACGGAAUUCUAAUAAUUGUGUUUGCUAUAUAUCUUAUAUUCACUCCAUCAUUUUUUAUUAAUGGGAAAAAAAACAUUAUUUUAUUACUUCCCUGCUUGAUUCUCAUAGGCUACUUAUAGACCUAAUGUCCGCAGGACUUAUACUGUGAACUGCAUUCCCCAUUUCCACGUGCUUUAUGACUGACUGUUAAAUGCCAGUAUCGAGUCCCAGAUGUGAGGCAACUUUCCAGAUGUUAAUCAUCUCAAAUAUUCACCUAUACCAAAUUUAGAUUUUUUUUCAUCUCCAAGCACCACUUUCGCCUUCAACACAAACACAAAUGUAAAGAAAUAUCACAAAGUAACAGAAAUAAACAGAUGAAGUUCAUGUGCAUAAAUAUUUUUAGGUUAGUAUUCCCUGAACUGUAUUUAGUCAUACAGUUUUGGAAUACCAAGCAUCAUAAGGUUUGAUGUGCCACCCAGGUUAAACUGCCUGUAUUUUUCAUGUGUGAAGGUAGUAAGUACCGUGUAGAUGAGGAACCUCCCCCCCCCCCCCCCACUGUUACCUAUCAUUAGCUUACCUCAAAUAACCAGACUCAAGACGUAGAUGGGGAAAACAGGCCACAUCUUUAUUUAAUAUGAAUAAAUCUCAUUAAUUUAACAUAUUAACAUAAUACAUUAACACAAUAUACCUGUAAACAUUUCAAACUAGAACCUUGCCCUCCCCUCUCACCCUAACCACAAACCGGCCUCAAAACUGGCCUUACAUUAACCUCCAUGCUAACCACUAGCCUUUGGCCUUUGGCUCAGCCGGCACGUCCAUUAACCAUACUAAUGACCGAGAUUAGGGGAGGGAUCAGCCCCGAUCAUAAUUUCCAUUGGACCG